AUGGUUGCAAAAAAUCACUCUCAUAUGAGCUGUAUUUCUUGGGAUCUACCUCCAGUAACUCCGAUUGCUAACGAAGUUAUUGAAAACUAUCAAUUGCAAGAUCGUGUAAAAACAAUUUGCGGUGAUUUUUUCAAGGACGAAUUUCCAAAAGCCGAUAUCAUAACAAUGGGAAACAUUUUACAUAUUUGGGAUGAAAAAACCAAGUUGAUGUUGUUUAAAAAAGCUUACGACGCUUUGCCAGAAGGUGGAGUUUUUAUUGCUAUCGAAAAUGUAAUAGAUGACGAACGAAAGAAGAAUGCUGGUGGUUUGUUAAUGAGUUUGAAUAUGUUAGUUGAAACUGGAGCUGGUUUUGACUACACAUUUGCUGAUUUUAAUAUAUGGUCUAAAGAAGUUGGAUUUAAAUCAACAUCGAUUAUUCCUCUUUCAGGGCCAACAAGUGCUGCAGUAGCUUUUAAAUAA